GGAAGUAUUCUGACCAAUCGGCAGUUCAGUACACGCGUACGCUUGCAAGAGAGUCUGGCAUGAAUGUGUUUGUAAACAUGCCUGAGAAUUUCUGUUUGAGAGAGAAGUAUGGAUGUUCCAAGGUCGAGAAAGAAUAUUGCGAUUCUCCUUCCAAAUGCAAUGUGCACGUGAUUGACAGAUCGCCACCACGCACAACUAUUCUUCAAUUUUUCAGAACAGUGUUUCUGCCUCAAGGCUAUCCAGAGACUGUCAGCCAAGAUUAUCUGGCUUACCAGAUAUGGGACACUGUGCAGGCCUUUGCCAGCAGUUUGUCCAACAGCCUGGCAGCCCAUGCUCUGCUACAAGGCAUUGGUGUUGGGGAUGAGAAUGCUACCGUACUCGCUGCCACCAUGACGUGGAUAAUGAAAGAUGGAACUGGCAUGAUUGGUCGUAUCAUUUUCGCUUGGCUUCAUGGAAGCAGCUUGGAUUGCAAUGCGAAGAGAUGGAGAUUGUUUGCAGACUUCUUGAAUGACAUCGCUAUGUGUCUGGAAAUUCUGGCACCUCUGUUCCAGGCCUAUUUCCGUUUGGUGGUGUGUUUUGCUGGAGUGUGUAAGUCCAUUGUUGGGGUGGCAGGAGGCGCCACAAGAGCUGCUCUUACACAGCAUCAGGCUCGUCGAAACAAUAUGGCAGAUGUUUCUGCUAAGGAUGGAAGUCAGGAGACUCUGGUAAACCUGUCAGCUUUGCUUUGUAGUAUAGUACUACUACAAACAGUCAGUGGUCACUUCUGGUUGACUUGGAUAGUAUUUUCUCUGCUGACAACGCUGCAUCUGUUUGCUAACUACCGUGCUGUGCGAGCUGUGUGCAUGGAAUCUUUAAACCAGGCACGUCUGCAUAUCAUUAUGCAAGACUACUUCUCUUAUGGCACAGUCCCUGAUGUAGUUACUGUCAACUUACGUGAGCCUGUUGUGAUGAUUAAAAGUCAAAAGCCAAACAUUGCCUUGGGUGUCUCUUUCAGCACAGCAUGCUCAAGGUACAAAGAUUUUGAGUCCAUAAAGAAGGCCUAUAGUGAUUUGUCUUCCAAAUAUUUACUUUGCUACAGUAAGGACAGAGACUUGUUGAUUAUAGUCCUUAGUCAUGAGGCAGAGGUCAAGGACCAACUACAGGCAUGUGUGCAGGCUGAACUUCUUAGGUUCCUGCUGCAAAAGCCCCGUCAGGCAUUGAGUCCACAGUUUCAGCAUUUGGUCAGUCACUUGGAUGUAGAUGAUGAGGUAACGGCAAUGCAGCUAACAUACAAAGCCUCAGAAAAGCUUAUGCCAAGCUUACUGCAAGAAUUAAAGAGUAACGGUUGGAUUACCAGUUAUACACUUCUUGGUGCCAAUGAGUGGCGUGCCAGCUGGAAAUUCUCGAGCUCCAAGCACGAUUGAGACUAGGAGAGAAUGUUAUACUUAGCCUGCCAAAGAGGCAAAAAAUAUAGCUUUGGGGAUCCCUGUUGUCAUGCAAUAUUGUUAUUAUAAUCACUCACUGUGCUUCAGCCUGACAGUAAUGUUUUACUGAUAUUAGUAACAGGAUGAAUGAACGCAAUGAUAGAAUGUUUGCAUGAUGGUGCUAGAUUAGAAGAAUUUCAGUACUUGUUUUGACAAUGGGUAAAACAUAAAUAGGACUUUGAUGUAAGCAAGUUUUCAGCUUUCCUUCUCUUUCACAACAUAUGAACACAUUAUUAUUAAAUUCCAUGGGAGAGAAGAUUAUCUGACAACCUAUAAACCUUUGACCUGUAAUGUUUCAGUUUCUGUAUCCUGGAAGGUUUUGUCAUAGUUGAGUUAGGAGUGUAGUAAAUCUGUUCUUGUACUCUAUCUUGCAUAUACAAGAUAAGCCUCUACUACUGCUAUGCACAGAGAGGUUAAAACCUCUCAAUAAAGACUAUCUGCCUUUUAA